UUUGUCGUUUAUUUUUAAAUUGCUAAAUAUAUUUUAGUCAAUAUGUCAGUUGUCGAAGAGAUUGAUUAUUUGUGCAGAUUAUGUGCCACGAAAAUGGGUAUUCUAAUGGGUUUACCCAUUUUUGAAGCUAAUGAACAAAUGAGAAAUAUCGACAAAAAAAUUUCAGCUUGUCUACCUGUCCAGAUUUCCAUGACUGACCAGUUACCUAAAAUAAUAUGCGAAGAAUGUGCUUUUAAACUAGAUGAAUUUUUUGAUUUUCGUGAGAAAGUCUUACAAACGGAAGGGAUUUUCAUACAAAUGCUAAAAUCCAUCAGUAAACAAGAAGUAAAUUCAUUAGAUAAUGUUACGAUUAAUGAAAUUCAAGGAAAUAUGGAUAGACUAACCGAUACCAUUAAUGAAAUUCAAAAUUCAAAUGUUACGAGGCAUAAUGUUCAGAAUGGUAUUCAUGCUAUAUCUGUGAUAGAUAACAUGGGUCUUUCUGAAAGAGAAAGAGUCGUAACGCAAGAAGAAAUGUCUAGAGAAGAAACUGAUAUACAAGUCACGGGUUUCCACUUGGAUGGAGAUACCGUAAGAAUGGUUGAUGAGCAAAUGAGAGAGGUAUCCAAUCAGGAGAUAGCGAUGCACCUUGAGGGCGAGAUGGCUGUGUCGGUGGAGAAUCUGACGGUUGGGGCCCACCUGAGUCAGCUGGACAUCAACUACGUAGCGUCAAUGGCCUCGGAUAGCCAGGGCCAAAAGCAGAUCGUUCACUAUUGCGACGAGGUGAAGUUCGAGUCGGUAACGCCUAAAGAGCUGGAGGGCAGCCUCGUCAACUGCGAGCCCACGGAGAUAGCACGACGGCAAAGCUUCCCCUCGUCGAGGGUAGAGAGCGACAUCGACGACGCUUGCGAGGAGCCUCUGAGCGUCGCCGAGGCGUCCGGGCAUUCGUUCGCCCUGCCAUCGACGAGUCACGUCGACGCUUCGGACAACAACGACGGCAUCAUGGUGCAAUUCACGAAAAGCACGAAAAGUGCGCUUUUGCAGGGUGCACUUAACAAUCCGACGAUCGACGAGACAGAAUCGAACUGGUACAUUUGUCCAUUCUGCAACGAAGCCGCCGCCGAGCCAAACAGUCUCGCCGUACAUUUCGAGCAACAUUUCUGCAGUUGCUCCAAUUGCGAAUUAUUCUUCACUAGUAUCGAUGUGCUGAAUCUGCAUAGCCAGGAUUGCCUCGAGGAGAAAAAUAAGAGCGAUGGUGUGAAAAAUUACGACGAGUUGACAGAGGAGCAACGGCAACGGACGCCGGUAUCCGACAAGAAGCAACAAAACUCACGACCCAAAUGGUCGCCCAAGGUUUGCACCCAUUGCGGCAAACAGUAUCGAACCAACUACAAAUUACAGGAACACAUGCGCAAGCACACAGGCGAGAAGCCCUUCCAGUGCGUCCUCUGCGAGAAGGCAUUUCGCAGCAAAAUCGGCCUCGCCCAGCACACCGCUACCCACACCGGGCAGUUCGACUUUAAUUGCUCGACCUGCGGUAAGGGCUUCCAGUGCAAGAGCUACCUUAUCGUCCACCAGCGCGUCCACUCGGACCUUAAGCCCUACUCCUGCACGACCUGCGGCCAGAACUUCAAGACAAAGCAGUCGCUGCUCGAUCACGAGAACCGCCACAUGGGCGUCAAGCCCUACACCUGCGAGAUAUGCGGCAGGGGCUUCAUAACUAAGGGUCUCUGCAAGAGCCACCAGAAGAUUCACUCGGGGAUGGAUAACAGGCAGUACCCCUGCGUCGUCUGCAACAAGAUGUUUGUCAGCAAAAGCUACCUCAACACGCAUCUUAGAAUUCACACCGGGGAGAAGCCCUACUUGUGCGAGGUCUGCGGUAAAGGAUUCCUCACGAGGGUCGAUCUCAAAAUACACUCGACGAUGCACACCGGUGAGAAGAGCUUCAAGUGCGACCUCUGCGGCAAGGUGUUCGCGAGACGGUCCGCUCUGCGCUGCCAUCGGCGCUCCCACACGGGCGAACGACCCUACAGAUGCGAGGUCUGCGGCAAGACCUUCACCCAGUUCAGUCCAAUGGCCAUUCACAAGAGGCUGCACACGGGCGAGCGGCCCUACGAGUGCGACGUUUGCGGCAAGGCCUUCGUCUCCAGGUCGACGAUGAUGUGCCAUAGGAAGAAACACAACGCCAAUGAGAGCUCGGCCGAGGGCAAAACGGCCAAGGAGGAGCUCGGGCAGAAGGAGGCGGCCUUCCGGGAAACCCAAGAGACGAGUGUACCCGUCGCGGAUUAAGUAAACGCGUCGAUUGUCACGAUGACGACGACGACGACGACGACGACGACGACGACGACGACGGAUGUCUAUGUUCUUGCCGGAGGUGAACGUUCACAUUAAAUCACUUCCAUUCGCAUCUGCGAAAUAGAGAGUUUGUUG